AUGGAAUCUCACCUGGGAAAUGGAGUAGGCAGUUCGAGAUCUGCCAAAGCUUUAAAGAACACUUCUACUUCAGUUGAUUGGUUGAACAGAGAUAUGCAUGAGAUGAGGAUAAGGGACAAGACUGAGGCUGAUGAGGAGAGAGACAGUGAACCAGAUAUCAUCGAUGGGGCUGGUGCAGAACCUGGCCAUGUAAUCAAAACCACACUCCGUGGACGAAAUGGUCAAUCAAGACAGACAGUCAGUUACAUAGCAGAACAUGUAGUGGGAACAGGUUCCUUUGGAAUGGUCUUCCAAGCUAAAUGCAGAGAAACUGGGGAGGUUGUUGCCAUCAAGAAGGUUCUACAAGACAAACGCUACAAGAACAGAGAAUUACAAAUUAUGCAGAUGCUGGAUCAUCCGAAUGUUGUUGCGUUAAAGCAUAGCUUCUAUUCAAGAACAGAAAACGAAGAGGUUUAUCUGAAUCUUGUCCUUGAAUUUGUUCCUGAGACUGUCAAUCGUACUGCCAGAAGCUACACUAGAAUUAACCAGCUGAUGCCAUUGAUAUAUGUCAAACUCUACACUUAUCAGAUUUGCAGGGCGCUUGCUUACCUUCAUAAUUGCUGCGGUCUUUGUCACCGUGAUAUUAAGCCCCAAAACCUGCUAGUGAAUCCACACACACAUCAGCUAAAAAUUUGUGAUUUUGGGAGUGCAAAAGUGUUGGUGAAAGGAGAACCCAAUAUUUCUUACAUUUGUUCAAGAUAUUAUCGUGCCCCAGAGCUCAUAUUUGGAGCCACUGAGUACACAACUGCAAUAGACAUAUGGUCCACAGGUUGUGUAAUGGCUGAACUGCUUCUUGGACAGCCUCUGUUUCCUGGAGAAAGUGGAGUUGAUCAGCUUGUUGAAAUCAUUAAGGUUUUGGGUACACCAACAAGGGAGGAAAUCAAGUGCAUGAAUCCAAACUACACAGAAUUUAAAUUUCCCCAGAUAAAACCUCAUCCUUGGCACAAGGUAUUCCAAAAACGUUUGCCUCCUGAAGCAGUAGAUCUUGUUUGUAGAUUCUUCCAGUACUCUCCUAAUUUGAGAUGCACAGCGGUGGAAGCUUGUAUCCACCCGUUCUUUGAUGAGCUAAGAGAUCCAAACACUCGUCUGCCAAAUGGUCGGCCACUUCCUCCACUUUUCAAUUUUAAACCGCAAGAACUCUCUGGCAUCCCUCCUGAAACCAUGGACCGGCUUGUCCCAGAACAUGCUCGUAAGCAGAACCACUUCAUGGCAUUGAACUCAUAA